AUGGCGACCUCCACUGCAUCACCAAGCUCAUCAGCAUCGACGACUCCUAUGCCGCUGACUCCCGAGUCAACAGGAGGGGAUAUGGCAGCUCUCCAGAGCAAGAAGAACCGACGACAAACCGCAGUGUAUAACCCAAGCAAGGCGUCGAGCCUUUCCAGUAACAGCGCACAGAAGCCCCUCAAGCCCUUCAGUCGUAGUGCUGCCAAACGCGAGAGCGUGUUGGCGUUGGGGAGCAUCGAACAUCUGCAGCACUACUUCUCGCAGACUGGGAUCGUCAGCAAGAGGAAUCCUCUAGUCAACAAGUUCCGGAAUCAGGGAUUGGUACCAGCCAUCGGAGGGCGGGAGCAUGUACCGUUGUCCCCUACGGGUGACGGAUCCCCUGUUGCAUCCCUUGAAGCCCUUUUAGAACGACAACCACCUCCACAGUCCCAACAGCAGUCCCAGCCCCUCACGCCUCACGUCAAGACCCACGAAGUGCACCCUGAUUCCCUUCUCCCGGAAGUGAUAGACGAUCUCACUGCCCUCGUCAAAGCAUGGGAGCCCUCCACGUCGACACCAAUUGACGUAUUAUCCCUGCUAAAGACAUCAACGCGUACAAUCCAAAGCGUCAGAAACUACGUGCUCACCCUCCCGGAAGAAACCACUGCCGCCAUUCGUGCUCGUUCCUCCAACCCUUCCCCAUCAUCGGAUCCUUUGGCCUUGAUUCGAAGGUCGGCACUGGAUGUCCUCGCCAGCCUUCGUGAUUUGGAGGAACGGGCGAGGUUGCCUUUGUCCGACGACGCCUACGAUGCCCAGAGCGAUGGUGGAGGGCCUGCUCCCGGUUCUCGAAUCGCGUCGCCUAGCCCUCCAAUAUCGGAUGACUCGAAUCCAGUCCACGACCCCAACAUCACAUUUUCCCUCGUUCAAGUCAAUGGCCGCGUAGAAACCGUGCCUGUAUGGGUGGACGAAGACGAUUUUGAUCCUUUCGAAGAUCUGACCGAGACCAAGCGGGAGAGAUGGGAUCAGCGACUAGAGUUGGGCAAUGGAUGGCUGUACCGAAGGGAUUUGAAGCCAGAGGAUGUAGAGAAAGAGCGGGGAAUUAUCGAGGAGUACAUCGGACUGGUGGACGAUGCUUUGUUUGGCGAGGAGACUGGCGGAGUGGAUGGCGAACGGAACUUUGAGAAGGCUCGACGAAGGAUUGAGUCUCGGCCUAGCCGACAUGAUUCCGUGGGUGGGCUGUCGGGACCACGCUCCAAGUCGAAGAACCGCCGCGUCAGUGCAGCCGAUGCUAUCGCUGGUGGAUCUGCAGCUGCUCACGCGCUGUUUAUCGACACUACAACUGGUGGAAGGCGGAGAAUCUCGACAGGAGUGCUCGGGCUCAACAGAGCCAUCAGCGAGGAACCGGAGACAAUGGAAGGAAUUGCGGAGGAGUGGGGCGCAAUUAAGGAGGAGGAAGAGGGUCAAGAAGACGCUAUCGCUGACGGAGAGGAAACGGAAGAAUUAGACGAUGAAGACCUUCCGGAGUGGGCGCAACGCUCGUCCUUCCAAGGUGACGAUCUUGGGCGUGCUUUCACCUUCCUGAAGGAAUUCCUACCUCAACCGUACCAUUACGCUUUGAUUCCGCCAUCCGACUUUUACGAGCUCCCACCACCCUCCCCAUCUCCUUGGCUACAGGAAAGUCCAGCACCGCCGCCGUCUCGAGAGAACUUCUUAUCCUGCCUCUCCUCGGGCCAACUUCUAUGCCAUGCUUACAACAGCUGCGUGCGCAAGUCGAAGCAUCCAUGGGGCUUCGUUAGUCGAGACAGUGUACACGACGUAUUGGGACUGGAGGCAAGGGAGCGGGAACGGGAGGCUGGAGAAGCGGAGAGACCGCAGCCUUCAGGACAGUCUCAGCCACAGAACUCGCAGGGAGCUGGAUGGACUUUCAGAAGAACCGACAACCUGAGAUUGUGGAUCGGGGCUUUGAAACUGCGGUACUUGCUACCUAUUCAUAUGCCUUCACAUGUGGUCUCGGGUCUCCCACCGUCAUUGCUACAACUGCCUCAGCCAGGAUCUUCCCCGGCGAAAGGAAGAAGCCAUCAGAGUCCCAGUCCGAACUCGUCCAAACCGACCUCCCCAUCCGUUGCCACAUCCGCUUCGGCUGCCAAUCAGCCGCCGCCUAGUCCUUCUGGCAAAGACAGGGACAAAGAGAAGAUCAACUUCGAUGCGAAGAUUGUGGCGAGAAAGGACGAAGGAUGGGAGGAUAUGUUGGAGGGCGUCCUACUCAGAUGGCUUUGGAAGGCUGUCGAAGAGAGAAGGAAAGCUUGA